UCGUUGCACCCGGGCCGGUGAGCUCCUCCUGGAAGUGAAGUACUGGCAUCCUGAACGCAGCCAGCAGCCUUGAGCAGGGAAUUUUGGAGCAAUUGUGGACGGGCAUGACGCUUGGGUUCCUGGGGGAAACCUGUCAGUCAACCCUGGCUGAGUCUCAGCAGUGUUCGGGAGAAUCCUUUGAGAAGAAGAAAGAGAGCAACAACAUGAAGAGGAAGAAAGAGCAGCCAAGAGGUCUCAGUGCCUGGGACCACCCUCAUGGCCUGGUUGGUUUACACAACAUUGGACAGACCUGUUGCCUUAAUUCCUUGAUUCAGGUGUUCAUAAUGAAUGUAGACUUCACCAAGAUAUUGAAGAGGAUGACAGUGCCAAAGGUCUCAGAAGAGCAAAGGACAAGUGUCCCCUUCCAGCUGCUGCUGCUGCUGGAGAAGAUGCAGGACAGCCGGCGGAAGGCGGUGCGCCCCGUGGAGCUGGCCUACUGCCUCCAGAAGAACAACGUGCCACUGUUUGUCCAGCAUGACGCGGCUCAACUGUACCUUACAGUCUGGAACCUAAUCAGGGACCAAAUCCAGGACAUGGACUUGGCAGAGAGACUGCAGGACUUGUACACUAUCCGGGUAAAAGAUACCUUGGUUUGCAAAGAGUGCACAGUGGAGAGCAGCAGAGACAGUAGCUUGCUGACUCUCCCUCUUUCUCUUUUUGACAUGGAUUCGAAACCUCUUAGAACACUGGAGGAUGCCCUGCACCAUUUCUUCCAUCCCAGGGAGUUAUGCAACAAAAGCACAUUCUUCUGUCAGAACUGUGGGAGGAGGACCCAUGGGAUACAGGCCUUGAAGCUGACCCAUUUGCCCCAAACUUUGACCAUCCACCUCAUGAGAUUCUCCAUCAAGAAUGCAAGGACAGAAAAGGUCUGCCACUCGUUGUGUUUCCCUGAGAGCUUGGAUUUCAGUCAGGUUCUUCCAAGCGAGCAAGACAUCAGUGAAGCAGAGGAACAGGAUGAAGGACAGUAUGAACUCUUUGCUGUGAUCGCCCACAGUGGGAUGGCUGACUUCGGUCAUUACUGUGCCUAUGUCCGGAAUCCUGUGGAUGGAAAAUGGUUCUGCUUCAAUGACUCCCAUGUUAGUUGGGUAUCCUGGAAAGACAUCCAGUGCACCUAUGGAAAUCACAGCUACCGCUGGCAGGAAACUGCAUAUAUUCUGGUUUACAUGAAGGCCAAGUCCUGACGGAUGCACUCCAAACCUUAAAAAACUGACAAACUCUCAUUUUCCUUUUCUAUUUCCUGGAUCUGGUAGACUCUACUAAGAGAUUUUGCAUUGAGAAGAAGCAUAAUUUUCAAGUGUAUAAUUAAAUCUUAUGCACAGCCACGAGGCAUGGCAGUGUUGAGGUGGUAGGAACUUUAAGAAAUAAAGCCUAGUGGGAAAUAAUUAGGUCUAUGGGAUCUCCCCAUCCACACACUGAUGGUGCCCUUUCCAUUUCUCCAUCACAUUUGAUGCAGCCAGGAGGGCCCUUGCCAAGACGCCAGCCCCAUGCUGGUGGGACUCUUCAGCCACUAGAAUUAUGAACCAAAUAAACUUCUUUACAGAGUACUUAGUCUCAGGUGUUUUGUUAGAGCAACCGAAAAUGACUAGUACAAUUAACACGAUAUUUAACAAUAACACAGGCCUGGAUCAGUCACAAUGGUUACCUUUGCCAGUGGGCCCUGGUUGUGUGGCUAGAUCAGGGUCCUAAGUGCACACUUGACAAGUGGCAGACUCAAAACUUCCAGAAUAAAGUGUGGGUAAAUUUUUGAUAUUGUGUUUAUUGCCUAAAAAAGAUAAGCUAUGCAAGCAUAAAUUCUCAUGGGAUAACCCUCACUGAAUCCUCUCCUUAGAAUGAAUCAUUGUUAAAUAGUGUGUAUUGGUUUCCUAGGGAUGGUGUACUAUAACAAAUUACUACAAAGUGGGUACUUAAAACAACAGAAAAGUAUUGUCUCAUAGUUCAGAAGACGAGAAGUUUGAAUUUGAGGUCUCCACAGAGUUGACUCCUCCUGGAUGCUCUGAAGGAGACAGGCUCCAUGCCUCCCUCCUGGUUUCUGGUUGUUGUCAGCAGUUCUUGUCACAUACUGGCUUGUGGCUGUGUCACUCCAGUUGCUGCCCUCAUCUUCACAUGGCCUUCUCAUGAAGAUGCCAGGCAUUGAAUUUAGGGCCCACACUAAUCUACCAAGACUUUAUUUUUAUUUAACUACAAUUGCAAAGGCCUUAUUUCCAAGUAAGUUCACAUUCUGGAAAUUUAGGUGGUCCUGAAUUUUGGGGGGACACUACAUGCAGUACAAGAGAUGGGUUCUACUGCACUUUUUUCUUUGCAUUUGCAUAC